GCCUCUCUUAUCUUAUCACAUUCAAUUCCCCAUCUCUUUUUCCAUCACUAAACUUGGUCACAUCAAACCAUUACUGCUCAUUUUUCCUUUUCUCUCAACCAACUUGGAGGGGUCUCUCCUCCCUCUUUCCCACUUCAAAGAGAUUCGCAAGGACAAUCCAACUCUAAUCACCUUCCCUAACUCCCCUUUUCCAUCCCUCUAUAUGUAUCUUAUAGCUUGUCACUAGCUCAAAUACACCUCUCUCUUAAUUCUUUAUUUCUUGAUCUAAUUUCAGACCCUUUUACCAGAAAUCCUACAAUGCCUCCUGUGCAUUCUAGCCCUUACUUCCAAAUGGACAAUCCAGCCAUACUAUCCUUGCUCCGGAAAACCGCCGGCGAGAAACGGUCAAAAUCUAGUUCCGGGGGGCUUCUUAAAAUGUUCAAGCUCUUCCCCAUGUUAACCUCAGGUUGCAAGAUGGUUGCACUUCUUGGCAGGCCUCGAAAACCUUUACUUAAAGACCAUGCUACUACAGGUACCCUUUUCGGAUAUCGCAAAGGGAGAGUAAGUCUAGCCAUUCAAGAGGAUCCUCAUUGCGUGCCAAUGUUUGUUAUAGAACUACCGAUCCAUACGAGUGCUUUUCACAAAGAAAUGGCAUCUGAUAUAGUAAGAAUCGCGCUAGAGAGCGAGACCAAGACUCAUAAGAAGAAAGUGCUGGAAGAGUUUGUGUGGGCUGUUUAUUGUAAUGGAAGAAAGAUAGGCUACUCUAUUAGAAGGAAGCAAAUGUCUGAUGAUGAGCUUCACGUUAUGCAGCUUUUGAGGGGCGUUUCGAUGGGUGCAGGUGUUCUUCCAAGCCCAGAUGAGAAGGAAAGUACAGCAGAUGGUGAAUUGACGUACAUAAGGGCAAGGUUUGAGAGAGUGGUGGGAUCCAAGGAUUCUGAAGCUUUGUAUAUGAUUAAUCCUGAUGGUGCACCAGGGCCAGAAUUGAGUAUUUUCUUUGUCAGGGCUCAUUAGAUUCUGGGCUGUGAAACACCGGCUGGCAGAUCGUGGGAAUUUGUGUGGCUUUUGUUGAAUCGGCAGACAGAUCAUAAGAGUUGGUAGGAGCUCAUUCAAUAUCAGAGGUUGGUGUGGGGCUGUGAGCUUAGAUGUCUAAAUUUUGUGCAUUAAAUGAAUUGUCGAAUGCUGUCCCUAGUCUCAAUCCUUAUCUAGAGAAAUGAAGUUUGCAAGAGAGUCACCGUCCCAGAGAGCAAGAGCCAAGAGUACGGAAUGGACUACCUAACCUUUUAUUGGCUACUGCUUUUCUUGAUCGUCACCGCCACAAUCACAUAUCAGUAAUUUCUUCCUUAAAUUCGAUCUGUUAAUGAAUCACUACAUGAAAUGAAUUUUAUAUAUUUAAUAAUUAAAUCUCCUUAUAUAUUAUAUAUUUACUAUUUUUU